AUGUUUCCGCAAAUCAAAAUAAUUGAAAAAGAUAGAGACGCGCAAAGGUUUCUGUGGCGAGAUACCCCAGGUGAACCAAUAAGAACAUUCCGCAUGUCAUCCAUGAUUUUUGGCGCCGCAUCGAGCCCAUUUACUGCCAUACACAUCAAAAAUAAAAAUGCUCUAGAAUGGCAGGAAACUUAUCCUGAGGCAGCUCGAGUAAUCAUCGAUGACCAUUACAUGGACGAUUGCAUUACUAGCUUAGACGACAUUGACAAAGCUGCCAAGUUGGCAGCUGAUAUUUAUACCGUACAUGCUCACGCCGGUUUUGAGAUGAGCAGCUGGACGUCAAAUAGUCCAAGCGCGCUCUCGUUGUUGCCGAAGGAAUCCUUGCUCGAGGUGCCUCGCGCUAAUAAUAUUGACGUCGAAUUAGGUCGCCUGGCUACGCCCGUUCGCACACUAGGCCUUAUCUGGCAACCCGCUAACGACCUGAUAGGUUUUAAUACAGGUGUAAAAAAAGAUACCGUGUUGCCAGAGAAGUUAACAAAGCGAGGGGUUCUAGUGCACGUAAUGAGAAUUUAUGAUCCGCUUGGAAUCCUUGCACCAAUCGUCGUUCGUGGUCGUAUAAUGUUUCAAGACGCUUGGCGCAAGGGUUUGAACUGGGACCAAGAGCUCUCUCAAUGUGACAGCAUCGCGUGGAAGUCUUGGUUUCAAGAUCUGAUCUCCACUUCCAGUUUGAGGAUACCACGCCGCUAUAACUUGAGCGAUCUCGAGGUAGCAGGGUGCGAAUUACAUGUGUUCUCGGAUGCAAGUGAAUCCGCCUUUGCUGCUGUGGCCUAUUGGCGCUUUCUUUAUGUGAAUGGUGAUGUAAGACUCUCCCUCAUCUGCAGUAAAGUUCGUGUUUCUCCAAUCAGACCUGUCUCCAUUCCCCGUUUAGAACUUCAAGGUGCUCUAAUAGCUGCGCGCCUUGCCAUGUCAAUAUGCGAAGCCCACCGACUGAAGCCAAUGAGACGAGUUUUCUGGUGCGACUCGAUGACUGCGCUGGGUUGGCUUCGUAGUGAUGCGCGCACCCUUAAACCCUUUGUAUCUCAUAGAGUAGGCGAGAUUCUAGAGCUUACAAACAUCACCGAGUGGCACUGGGUACCGAGCGAUCUAAACGUAGCCGAUGAUGCCACACGCGUCAAACGCUUUGUGCUCUCUCCAGAAUCUCGCUGGAUCUCAGGACCGAGCUUUCUCCUUACCUCGGACUGGCCCGCUGAACCUCAAAUUGAUGUCAGCGGACUAGGCCGCGAAGAGUAUAAAAAUAUCAUUCAUCUUAUCACCGAGACUGAUCUGCCCGCACCAGUCUCUGCGGAUCCAAGUCGAUUCAGGUCAUGGCUGAGAAUGGUGCGAGCAACGGCAAAGGCGCAUUUAUUCAUAUCAUUAUUGCGAAUGCGUAGUAUGAGAAGACGAGACGUAAACUUCAACCUUCCUCGUCAUGAAGGACUCUUAUGUACCUUCCGUCCAACUUGCACAUCCUCUCCUGGUACUUCUAAUUCUCCUAAUAUCCCACUGAAAAUAACCGCGAGCGAUAUAAGCCUAGCAGAAUCCCAUAUUUUACGGCAAAGCCAACUGGAUUCCUUCAAAGAAGAUAUCUUGCGGAUAAAGAACCGAGACCCGUUGCCUCGAAGCAGCCGCCUUUUCAAACUGUCCCCCUUCUUAGAUGACAACGAUCAACUUCGAAUGUUCAGUCGUAUAGCGGCAGCCGCAGGCGUCUCUGAUGAAGUUAAGCGACCGCUGAUUUUAGACGGAAAGCAUCCGGCAGUACGCCUCUUAAUAGCCAGAUAUCAUCAAAAGGCUGGCCAUGCGAACAAAGAAAAAGUCUUGAACGAGCUCCACCAAAGAUUUUGGAUUUUAGGCCUUAGAAAUGCUGUUCGAUCAGUAGCCCAUGAUUGCCAGUUUUGUAAACUUCGCCGUGCCAGAACAUUCACACCACCGAUGGGAAAUCUACCAGAGUGUCGAUUGGCUCAUCAUCAAAGACCCUUUUCCUUUGUCGGCCUGGACUACUUUGGACCCGUCCUUGUUUCAGUUGGUCGCAGAAGGGAGAAACGCUACGUUGCCCUAUUUACGUGUCUCGUCAUACGCGCCGUACAUCUUGAAGUGGCACACAGUUUAACGACAGACGCGGCCAUAAUGUGUCUACGCCGUUUUAUUGCUCGUCGAGGAACACCACAAGAAAUCUGGUCAGACCACGGAACAGCCUUUGUUGGAGCAAACAGGGAGUUACGAGCUCUUUACGGCGACUCUGUUGAAGAUUUUGCUGCCAACGAAUCAAUCAAUUGGCGUUUUAUUCCUCCCGCAGCACCUUUUAUGGGUGGAGCGUGGGAGCGAUUAGUUCGCAGUGUCAAAGGAGCUUUGAAAGUGACCCUCAGAGAACAGGCUCCCUCAGACGAAGUUUUAAGCACACUGUUAGCAGAGGCUGAAGCCCUUGUCAAUACGCGACCACUUACGCAUGUCUCACUCGAUUCCGAUGCUGAUGAGGCUUUAACACCGGCCCAUUUUAUACUCACAUCUCCGUCUGGACGCCCUAUUCCCGCUACCCUGACCGAGGCGGAUCUUCUCAGCAGGAACAAGUGGCGCAGAGCAGUAAGACUUGCUGACCACUUCUGGCAGCGCUGGGUGAAAGAAUACCUGCCUUGCUUGUCACCACGCACCGGAGGAGGCUCUCCACCUAAUAUUGCAGUGGGCGACGUCGUAAUAGUGUGUGACUCCAACCUGCCUAGAGGCUCGUGGCCCAAGGGUCGUAUUACCGCAUUGUACCCCGGUAGAGACGGGAUAGUAAGAGUAGCAGAUAUCGCCACCGCCGCAGGGGUUUUACGGAGACCCCUCAAAAAGCUCGCUAAAGUUCCCGUUUCUGUUUCUCUUUAA